AUGUAUUGUCAAAAGUGUCGGACGUCAUUGAAACUCGAUAGCUCUUUGGAGGAUUUGAACCCCGCGGCAUUUGAUUUGUUAGUUGGUGCAGCCUCACAAAACCAAGCCAAAAACAUUCCCCCUUCGCGACCAGCAUACCCUCAAGACCGAAAGCAACUAUAUGAUCGUGUCUCGAAGCAUGCCGGUCCACCAACUUUCAAGCGGACAAUCUCCGCUCCUCGUCGACAUGAAUCUAAUCUAUCAGAUACGUUGAGAAGUGGCACGAACAAUCCAGCCAUGUCUUUUGUCAUGCUGACGGAGUCGCAAGUCGUACCGCCAUCAGUUGCCAAAUCACCAGACGCUACAAGCCCGAAUAAAUUAAAUAAAGAUGACUUGACUGGUAGUGAUGCAGCAGGUGAUGGGGGUAAAGCAAUGUCGCAAGAAAUGGAACGGGUAUCAAGACUCUUCGAGAUUCUUACAGCGAAAUCCGAUAUUGAUCAUCCUAUUUGUGUUGAAUGUACAGAGAUGCUUGUUGAUGGAUUGCAAAAGCGAUUAGAAGCUGCGACCCGAGAAAGGGAUGCGUAUGUUGGGUUUUUGAAGCAAGUCAACGCCGAAGUACCAACAGAGGAGGAGGUGAAGGAAGCCAAUGACCUCCUUGCAAAGGUACAAGCAGAGGAGGCCGCGGCGAUAGAGGAACUAAAGAAGAUUGAAGCGGAAACUGCUGCGGUAAACCAAGAAAACGCACAGCUGGAAGAAGAGGCCAGAGCUCUUGAUAUUGAGGAAGAAAAAUUCUGGAGUGAUCGAAAUGAGUUUGCAAUGAAGCUCUCGGAGUUUCAAAACAUACGGGAUAGUAUCAACCUUCAAUACGAUCAUGAUUCACAGCUACUGGAUAAACUACAAAGAACGAAUGUCUAUAACGAUACAUUUUGUAUAAGCCACGACGGAAAGUUUGGUACAAUAAAUGGCCUACGACUUGGACGUCUCUCAAGUGUGCCGGUUGACUGGCCGGAAAUUAACGCAGCAUGGGGGCACGCAUUGCUCCUCCUAGCUACUGUUGCUGGUCGUCUCAACUUCAAAUUCGAUGGCUAUGAGCUGCAGCCUAUGGGUUCUACUUCUCGAAUAAUACGUUUUGAUUAUCCCUCGCCGUCUGCAAGUCGUUCUAGCUCACAACGCGUUAAUAUACCUAAACCACCCAAGAAAUCGAUUCUUGAACUUCAUUCAUCUGGUGAUAUGCCCCUUGGCCUUACAUUCAUGCAUCGCAAAUUUGAUAUAGCUAUGGAGGCAUUCCUUGAAUGUAUGCGUCAAUUAGGUGCUUUUGUUGAGCAGGAAUCUGCCAAGAACUCUGAAACUGGAAGGGGUCUUAAAUUACCAUAUAAAAUUGAAGGGGAGAAGAUUGGUGAAAUUAGUAUAAAACUAGGGAUAGCACAAGAUGAUGCGUGGAGUAAAGCGUGCAAGUACACUCUCACAUGCUGCAAAUUCCUGUUAGCUCACGCUAGUAAUGUUAAUACAACGAGGAGGAGUAUAUAA